CCUGCCAUCUCCAAUCAUCGCAUCCAUUCCACUCUGUUAAUCUAAACUCCGCGAUAUUUCCUUAUUGCCGGUUUCUGAGCCUCAGUUUUGCAGCCUUCCAAGCACAGAUUGCGAGACCAGACUCGACUCUCCCAUUCCUCUAAACUUUCCUGACGGCCCGACAAUCGCGAUUACUCUCGCACAUACCAGUUGACCUGCGUAACACAGCCAAGCAGUCGAUUGUCUCGGACGAUACAUUCCCGAUCUCUGCGGCAUCGCCGCCACUGCAGCCACAAUGGAUGGCCGACACUCGCCCUCUCGGCCGCCGCCCGAGUACACGCUGCCCCCCUACGGCGACGUCGAUGACUCGACCCCAACUGGCACGCCGGGUCAUAGCGCUGCCGUGCGCCUGCUCACUUCGAUGGAGGAGCCUUAUGACUCCCGGCCGAGUCGAACAAGGCGCCACUACGAGCCUUCGCUUGAUUCGCGCCAAUCCAUCCUUGAUCCGCCGCGCAUGCCGCCGCCUGAACCCUCUUUCAGCUCCUACAACCCAGCAUCGGACGCCGCAUCCCCGACACGGCCGUGGACUCCAACGCGCACUUCUUCUGAGUUUGCCCGCCCGCCCCCUGUCAGCACAAGAUACGAGCCAGCGGAUCUCAAUGGCAGCCCCAGACCCGGCACGCCCGCUUCCACCUACGGCGGCAGUCCGAGACGACCGCUGCCCCCCGCACCCCUGUUUUCGACCGGCCCCCGGGGCUCAACUCAUUCGUUCGCAGACGACGUCACCGUGAGCAUUCCCCUCGCAGAGGACACUGACGAUGUUUUUGCGCUUGAAACGGACUUGGGAGACGACAGAGAGCACCGUGGCUCGUACGCUCAGUCGCAGGUAACACUGAGCGAUGAGGCCACGGACGAGACGAUUGACGAGAAGACGGAGCGGUACGCACAAGUUCCGGAAGGCAAACAAGAGCGUCGCGGUGUACGCGCACCGCAGAUGAGCAGGAAGGAGGUGCAGCUGAUCAACGGCGAGCUCGUCCUCGAGUGCAAGAUCCCGACCAUUCUCUACAGUUUCCUGCCCCGCCGGGACGAGAUCGAGUUCACUCACAUGCGUUACACAGCCGUGACCUGUGAUCCCGACGACUUCGUUGAGAGGGGCUACAAGCUGCGCCAGAACAUAGGUCGGACUGCGCGCGAGACGGAGCUUUUCAUUUGCAUCACUAUGUACAACGAGGACGAGAUUGGAUUCACGCGGACCAUGCAUGCCGUCAUGAAGAACAUCAGCCACUUCUGCAGCCGUAACCGGAGUCGAACCUGGGGAGAGCUGGGGUGGCAGAAGAUCGUCGUCUGCAUUGUGUCCGACGGCCGUGAGAAAAUCCAUCCGCGCACUCUCGACGCGCUGGCUGCCAUGGGCGUCUACCAGCACGGCAUCGCCAAGAACUACGUCAACCAGAAGGCGGUGCAGGCCCAUGUCUACGAGUACACCACCCAAGUGUCGCUCGACUCGGAUCUCAAGUUCAAGGGCGCGGAGAAAGGCAUUGUGCCCUGCCAGAUGAUUUUUUGUCUGAAGGAGAAGAACCAGAAGAAGCUCAACUCUCACCGCUGGUUCUUCAACGCGUUCGGCAAGGCCCUCAAUCCCAACGUGUGUAUCUUGCUCGACGUCGGCACGCGGCCUGCCGGCACGGCACUGUACCACCUGUGGAAGGCCUUCGACACCGACUCCAACGUGGCCGGUGCCUGCGGAGAAAUCAAGGCGAUGAAGGGCAAAUGGGGUCGGAACCUGCUCAACCCGCUCGUGGCGUCGCAGAACUUUGAGUACAAGCUGUCGAAUAUCCUGGACAAGCCGCUCGAGAGUGUGUUUGGGUACAUCACUGUGCUUCCCGGCGCCCUCAGCGCGUACCGUUACCAUGCGCUGCAGAACGAUGAGACGGGCCACGGUCCGCUCAGCCAGUAUUUCAAGGGUGAGACGCUGCAUGGUCAGCACGCCGAUGUCUUCACGGCGAACAUGUACCUCGCUGAGGAUCGCAUCCUCUGCUGGGAGCUGGUGGCCAAGCGGGGCGAGAGAUGGGUUUUGAAGUAUGUCAAGGGCUGCACGGGUGAGACGGAUGUGCCUGACACGGUCCCCGAGUUUGUGUCCCAGCGCCGCCGUUGGCUCAACGGUGCCUUCUUCGCCGCCGUCUAUUCGCUUGUCCACUUCCAGCAGAUCUGGCAGACCGACCACACCCUCGCACGCAAGAUCCUGCUGCAUAUUGAAUUCGUGUACCAGUUCAUCCAGCUCAUCUUCACCUACCUCUCGCUCGCCAAUUUCUACCUGACCUUCUACUUCAUCGCCGGCGGCCUGGCGGACCCCACUGUCGACCCUUUUGGUGGCAACGCGGCCAAGUACAUCUUUGUCAUCCUCCGCUACGUCUGCGUCCUCCUCAUCUCGACCCAGUUCAUCCUGUCGCUCGGCAACCGCCCGCAGGGCUCGAAAAAGAUGUACCUCGCGUCCAUGAUCAUCUACGCCAUCAUCAUGGCCUACACGCUGUUUGCCUGCAUCUUUGUCGUGGUGCGCCAGUUCAACCUCAAGGACGACCCGAGCCUGUCGUUGGGCAACAACGUCUUUACCAACGUCAUCGUCUCGACCGUCUCGACUGUGGGCCUGUACUUUUUCAUGUCGUUUCUGUACCUCGACCCGUGGCACAUGUUCACGUCGUUCCUCCAGUACCUGAUUCUGCUGCCGUCGUACAUAUGCACCCUGCAGAUUUAUGCCUUUUGCAACACCCACGACGUCACGUGGGGUACCAAGGGCGACAACGUCAUGAAGACGGACUUGGGCGGCGCCGUCGGCAAGGGUUCGGGAUCGACGGUCGAAUUGGAGAUGCCAUCGGAGCAGCUGGAUAUUGAUUCCGGGUAUGACGAGGCGCUGCGCAAUCUGAGGGACCGCGUCGAGGUGCCGGCCCCGUCGGUCUCGGAGGAGCAGAUGCAGCAGGACUAUUACAAGAGUGUGCGGACCUACAUGGUGGUGUCGUGGCUGGUGGCGAAUGCCACGCUCGCUAUGGCGGUUAGUGAGGCGUAUGGUGGGAGCUCGAUUGGCGAUAACUUUUAUCUGCGGUUUAUUCUGUGGAGUGUGGCUGGCUUGGCGGCGUUUAGAGCUAUUGGGAGUACCGCGUAUGCGGUGAUUGCGCUGGUGAAUGUGGUGGUGGAGGGUAGGGUCAGGGUGAGAAUGAAGCUACAGGUGCCGAAGUGGAUGGGCGGGUGGGGGAGCAAGAUUAGUGAUACUAUGAGCAGUGUUGCUAGCAGUGUGAGGAGGUAAGGGAUCAUUGGCUUGGAACGGCGCGGUUUUGUUGGGUUACUGGGGAGGAUGAUGUCUGGGUAUGAUCGAUGGCCUGAUGGACAAUUGUAUGGCAGAUGACUGGAAUGAUGUUGCGGAAUGACGAGUUGGGUGACAAUGUAUGGAUCAUGGAGGGUGAAUGUCGGUUUAGGCUGGGUUGUUGGCAAUGUAGUAUACCCUUUGACUAACUCUUGUCUUUUGUUUAGCUAGAUCAUAUCGUCCAUGUUCGUGUCGUGCGCCAUUAAGUUCUCUUCUAAGCAAACUCCUCUUGCCCUUGCUCAACCAGCCACGGUCCGUCACUACUCACCGUUCCCAUCCUGUCUAUAAACCCAGUGAAUGUACCUUGCAGAGGAAUCAAACAACAUACUCCCCACCCCCAAC